UUAUUUUUAGCGGACGCACAUUUAACAACUGCAAGCUUGGUAUCAACCCCAGUGGCCUCGAGCGUUCCAAGAAAACCCUCACUGCAAAGCGAGGCAACCGUCAAAUCUCAAUCUAAAAACGAGGCAUAUCCUCUCUCCGCGAGUGAACCUCGAUCUGAAACAGAGCCUGUAACCAAGGCACAAGCUGAACCUCGUUCUGAAGGAGAGGUUAGCCCAGAAGGCGAGUCGACGUCAGAGCCAACUUAUGACCCAGGAGGAGAAUCAGAGCCUUACGCGGAGCCAGAAACUUGGCCUGAGCCGGGCCCUCAAUGGAAAAGGGCCUUUGGACAAUGGAAGGCCGCCUGGCACAUUCACGUGUAUCUAUUCGCUACUGCAUUUCUCUGCAUUGGCUUUUAUGCUGGUUAUUAUGUCGUGUUAAACAUUUACGACGGUUUGGGCGGCAAGUAUUUAAGCGUCUGUUUAAACGGCAUGGUCCUUCUGUUUGGACUAACAAGGGCCUUCGUGUUGUUUUUGGAUCCUUAUCACCAAGGGGGCUUUAUAAAUGCUCUUUUUGUGAUGCGCCUGUUAUGGUCCAUAGGUGGCCCAUGCUUGACCGCAUCGGACUCGCUUAUUAUUUUGGCCCUCGUAGAGACCGCACAAGUUUCCAUUGCGCCGCCGAAGUUCCAGAAGCUUGGAACGAUUUCAAUUGUAAUUGGCGUUCAUUUUGUUCUUGUUAUUGUAGCAGAUACGGUCGUAUCUUUGUAUAUGGAAGCUAAAGUCAUGAUUUUACUCUGCCAAAUAUUUUUCUCCUUAUGGGGAACUGUGCUGGGUGCCGGAUACGCGAACCUCGCUUACAAACUCGACAAGAAACUCUUCAGUCAUAAACAGAUCAAAGACAAGGGCGACAAAAUAUAUAUAUUUCUCAUUUAUGCUUCUGCUGCGGCGAAUUUCUUUAUCUGCGGUGUUAUGGUGUACACCAUGGUGGGGGUGUUUGGCGUUUAUGCAGACAUUGAGUUCGUGGAUGCCUGGCAUUGGUGGACUUUACAAACUCUAUUUCGCUCAGGCGAGGUUAUCACGUGCGUAUUAAUCUUCACUGUCAGUGCCAAGAGGUCACGUAUUAAGCGAGCUUUAGAUGAAGUCUCCGAAUUCGAUUCACAGUCACGAACAUUUGACCCAACAAGCGGUUGUUCGGCGUUCAGAAAGCUUCAAAUACUCUUUGACAGACUAAGGAACGGAAACAGAGUCUCUGAAACUGCCGUUUGUGUCGAAGAAACGGAGAACACUACAGGAAGGAACAGAAGUAGCUUUAAAAAGAAAACUGCGAACACAGCCAGCGAGGAAGAUGAUACGCUCCCCCCCGUCUUUGAGGCAUUUCAAGAGAGGGGCAGGGGGAGAAGACAAAGCUUGUUUUCUCACAUGCAGGCAGUGACCGUCGAAAAUCAAAUUUCACAGCUCCAACUAGCUCCUGCUGUUGCAUCCAAAGGAAGAAGACGAAGACAAAGUUUAUUCUCUGCUAUGCACGAGGCCAGCAUCAACAACGCAAUCUCUAAUUUUGCUCAAGUGUUGACUCAAGCGAGCGACGAACCUAUGAAAUGCGAGUCCGUCGAAUCAGAUGAAGAACCUAGCGAGGAGCCUAAGGCCCUUCCUCGCAGGGGCCGGCGUACGAACGUAUUCUCAACCCUUCCGGAAAUAAAGCCGGAGAAAGUUCUCCAACGUCAAACAAUGAUGGAGGACAUAAGGGAAGAGUCCACAUUUUAUGAAGCAGAAAGCGAAUCGAGCCGCCCUCGACCUCAAUGGCCUCUAAUGAAGAGGCGGAGCUCAGAGAGAUUACGUCAAAUACUGUCUCACUGGCUUUCCUUUAAAGAUUCUAGAAUCGAAUCAAAACAGGACAUUGUUGAAGAAGUCGAACCUGUUGAAAAUGAGGAAAAAUCUACCGCGGACUCUCUGCCAGAAGAAACCUGUCAGUGAAGUAAAUCAGUUACAAUCACAAGCAACUCAAACCGGCAGUCUGGCUGUCAAUCAUACAACAGAUUGACAUUUGAUGGCCUUGCAAACGCUUCAAUUGUCGAGUUUAUCUCUCGCAUUGCAUGUCCUACUGUGUUUUUAGUAGAGCUCCUAGACGAACCCAGCAAACGAAAUUCUCUCAGAUGGGAUUGAGAAACAUCAUUUGUUUCGUAAAAUAUAAAUUAUUCCUAUACUGGAGUCCGCUUUACGGGAGGAAUCACUGGUGCAAUCGACUUCCUUGCCGUAGUAAAACCCCCCAAACUUAACGCAGCGGAGACACAAAAAAACUGUAAAUAAAGAUAUUUUUAAUAA